AUGUCUACGGUGGGCAGUGCCCAGUUCGAGCAGCUGCAGAGCCUGCUGCAGGGCGGUGACAAGGCGAACCCCGGUCGACGAGGCAGCCCCGGCUCCCGGUCCAAGUCGGGGUCCGGGGGCCAGCCCCUCCCCGGUCCCGACCCCACCCAGGUCGCACCUGGGGGGGCCGCGCCCGGCAGGCCCGCGGGCUACGGCUCCCACGCCCCCGGCCUGAGCCAGCUCACCGACCUCCUGCUGGAGCAGGACAAGGCGGGCCUGGGCGGGGCGAAGGGAGCGGCGGCGGCCACUGCUGCCGCGGCGGCCACGGCCGCGGCAGCCGCCGCCAAGUCCGGCGCGGGGGAGGCCGCAGGGGCCGCGCCCGGCCCUCCCGCGGCCCCCGCCGCCGCCGCGCCGUCGGCGACAGGUGGCGAGGCGGGCGCCCCUGCACCACCGCCCGCCGGCACCGCCGCGCCCAGCCUGAUCGUGCCCUCCUCGCAGCCCGACGUGCCGCACCCCCAGCUGCUGGAGUCCCAGGGCGGCAGCCAGGCCACGGCCGGCGGCGGGCCCUUUGCCCCCGGCGGCGGCGAUGGCCGCCCCGGCGUGCCCAGCAUCCUGCCCCUGAGCAACAUGGACUUUGCCAGCAUGCAGGCCCACCCCGAGCUGUUUGCCAACCUGACCUGGAUGUCCCCCGCCCACUUCCCCAUGCGGCAGCUGGUGCGCAUCCUGGUCAAGCUGCUGCCGCAGUCGGUGGGGCACAUCGGGGCCAGCGACGAGGCCGGGGGCGGCAACCGCAUCAGCGAGGAGCAGAUCAAGCACUACCUAGACGCCACGCUGGGCGCCGCGCCGCGGCCCACCUGGGGCGUGCCCACGGGCUGGUACGGCUACGUGGCGACGCUGCUGUCCUGGGCGGCCGGCCGGCCGGUGAGCGAGGAAGCCGCGCGCCGCGUGGCCAAGCGCGAGCCGGGCCGGUCCUGGGAGGCCAUCGAGCCCGAGCUGCACGCGCUGGGCGUGCACCCCAACGCCUGGCCCCUGCCCCUGAGCCUGGAGGGGGUUCAGGCCGCCGAGGCCGACCCCGUGCCGCAGCCCGUGCCCCUGCUGCCGCCGGUCAGGCGCGCCUCCGAGGACGGCGCGGGCGGAGGGGGGGUGAGCUCGAGCCCGUCCGUGGCCGCAUGUCCACGGGCGGGAUCGCAGGCCGGCUUCGACCUGGACCGCGCCAGUGAGAUGGACGCCUGGCGGCACCUGGUGGAGGUCCUGGCCGCGCUGCCGGGCAAGGCCGGGGUCCACGGCCGGCAGAGCGAGGGCGGCGCGGCUGGGCCGCGCUCAAGCAGCGGGGGGCCUGGGGAGGUCGAGCAUCUGGGGGAGGGGCAAGGUUCCGACAAGCCACCACUGUCCAGCUCUGAGGCUCGUGGCACGCUGUUUGGGUCCAUCUCAGGCGACGCAGAGAGGGGUCCGGGAGAGCAGGGCCAGACUGCGCCGCUGCUCGCAUACCCAGGCGUGUCCAAUGCGCUGCUGGGGCUACCGCAGCUGGGCGGCCUACCCCCCGCUCCCGGCCCUCAUGGCAACAACCAGCCACUGCCGCCCUCGCAAUGA